GCCAAGACCAGACCCACCAAAAAUACCACGGAAAUGACAUCGGUCGAUUCCACAAUGCUGCGGUAGACCCACUCUUCUCGAGGCGCAUGAAGCUUCCACGUUAUCAGACGCGCAAGUUGCAGGUUUAUUAGUUCACAAGCCACAAUUUCUCCCUCUUAAAGUUGUCCGGAACUUAAUGGCCCUUUUCGAGCCAUACUCUAAGGUAGCGGCUUGACUGCGACGACUCGAUGCUGUCGAGAAUCAUUUAAUCCUUAUUCCGGAUAAGCACGUCGAGCGAAGGUUCGGCCAUCAUCCGAACAACACAAUGUCCGAUCUUUACCUCUCGCGCUUACGAAGCUGGCUUCUCAGCUCACCGCCUGCCGAAUGGGCCCUCAAUCGCCUAAGGUCGACGCUUAUCGGGGCUCUCUCGCAGGGACCGAUUCCAGGCCAUGUAGCUUUCGAAAUGGAUGGCAACCGGCGGUACGCCCGCAGCCACAAGAUUGAGACGAUUGAGGGCCAUCAUUUGGGGUUCGAGGCCCUUGCCAGGGUGCUAGAGGUCUGCUACAAGUGCGGCGUCAAGGUCGUCACGGUCUACGCUUUCAGUCUCGAGAACUUUCACCGGCCCCAGUAUGAGGUCGACGGGCUUAUGCAGCUUGCCAAACUCAAACUCGAGCAGAUCAUCCAGCAUGGAGAGCUGCUGGAUCGAUACGGUGCGAGUGUGAAGGUGUUAGGUCGUCUUGAUCUCAUUCCUCCAGAUGUCCUCGAAGUUGUGGAACGAGCGGUUGCCACGACGCAGCACAAUACAGACUGCGUUCUCAACAUUUGCUUCCCCUACACUUCGAGAGAAGAGAUGACCACAGCCAUCCGAACUACCGUGGAGGAGUACUCGACCACGCCACGGCCUCACAGCACUCCCUUUGCUCAGAACAGGAUAACACAGAAAAUCAUGUCUAAGCAAUCAGCAAAAGCCGACAUGCUCGACUCGAUCACCGAAUCGCCGUCGCCUACUCCGUCGCCAACUCCGAGCCAGCCAGAGGAUCAAGACGACGCCGUGUCCACCGCGACAACCCUCCAUUCCGAUUCAGCACCCGCUAAGAAUGACGCUGCGGAGACGGUGGCCAUUUACCCUAAUGCGGAGACCAUCACGUCCGAGACUAUCGACAAGCACAUGUACACGGCGGGCGCGCCACCCCUCGACAUCUUUGUAAGAACGAGCGGCGUGGAGAGGUUGAGCGAUUUCAUGCUGUGGCAGUGCCACCAGGACACACAUAUCUUCUUCCUCAAAUGUUUCUGGCCCGAGUUUGAUCUCUGGCAUUUCCUCCCGGUGCUGGUCGAAUGGCAGUGGCGGCAAAAGCAAAAAGCGAGGGAGGAGAGGCCUCGCCGGCGGGUGAAGCAGUCGUAAUGACGGGAUUUUGCAGAAGCAUUGGAGUAGUAGGGUGGCGGAAGGAUAGACCGUUAGCUGUCAAACAAGGCGAGGCGUUGGGGCGCGAAAGAGAGCGGUAUUCAAUGUGAUCCUUAUACACUGGUUCUGUCUUGGAUACUGCCUAGAUUGUGUCCUGUUCGCAAUCAACCUUUUCACUUUGUCGGGACUUCAGAAGUUCAGAUGAGAGCUGCCGGGGCCAUGCACCACGGGCAGGGGCAUUUCAAUGAUUUCAUGUGCUCUUACCUUAUCUUAUCUACUCUAACUGGCGGUGACGUAUCAGAGCACUUCAUUGGAGACACCCCACACCUUGCACAAUCCGGGCCGGGCCCUGGUUGUU